AUGUCUUGGUGCUCGACUGGAAGGCUCCGCCCAAGCAGGGGCCGAAGGACUCUAGCGUCCUUCUCGGUCAGCAUGACAGGGAAAAGAGCGUGGUUUGGGGCUCCCGAGAGCAGCUGCUCACAAAGUUCCCGGCCUCGGUUUGGGAUCUCUGCAUUUGCUCGAGCACGGCCCGGCUGGUAUUAG